AUGUCGGUUUUCGACGGCCCCAACUGCACUGCCGUCCAGGCCAACGCGCCAGUACCCAGCGAUGCAGGCGUCGCCGGCAUUGGCGUCCUGCUGUCCUUCAUCAUCACCGCCGGCCUCUCUCUCAUCAUUAGUUCGUCCAUUAUUAUACAGGAGAUGAAGGGGAAGCCGUCAAACAUCCUCCGGAAGCUACUCAACAGUUAUUCCGAUCAGCAGAUCCUCCAGGGUAUCGGCAUAUCAUCGGUUGGGCUUGCACGUAUAAAUAGCAUGGUACCUUACCACUUCUUCAUUAUAUGGACCCUCUCGAAUAUGUCCAUGGCGGUCCAUAAUGCGACACUCCUCGCCCUUGUCCACGACUUCCGCCGCGACUGGGUCCUGCGUUGGCUGCGUCAGUUCCUCAUGUUCGUUAACCUUGUUUUCAACUGCGUGUACGGUGUCUUCAUCUUGCAGGGAGUCUCCAUAGGCAUGCAGGACUCGAAGCUGCCCGUUGCGUGCGUAUGGAAAGUUAGCAACGAAGGAUUACGCUCAAUGACAGGGUUGAGCUAUGUCGGGACCAUUCUUGUCAUCGCGGGAAACGUCCUUGUAUUCUCCUUCGCAAGCUGGUAUCUCCACCUCCGGACGCAGCGUUUCGCCAAGAUAAUCAAGCUUGUCGGCACAUUCCUCAUGGCUGUGUCAGCAGUCGGCGCUGCGGUGCGCUGUAUUAUCGCCUCGGAUGCCUUCGGGAAAGGACCAGUGUACGACCUGAGCGAUGAGGGCGAGAAGGGAUGGUCUUUCGGACAGCUAUUGUCGCUGCUUGUGCUGCUCUUCCCCCUCGUAUCAAUGGUGGAAAUUGUGCGCGGCGAGAUCAAGGUCGCGCCAUGCGAUCUGACGGAUGGAGGGAAAAGUAACGACACAGAAAUGGAUGCAUAUCGAACAUCAUAUCAGCCGAAUCCAUUUUUCGGCUCGCAAACGAAUUUGUUCAAGAGAUGA